AGGAUUGCACUCAGCAGGCGAUGCAGCUUGUUUCCUCUGUGAUGAGUAUGUUAGAUGGUCAGAUUUCUGAGGAGAUGUGGGAGGAUAUUCAAGAGGAGCUUAUGCGAGUGAUCCAGCCUACUGCUACUUUUGCGAUGGUUUCUAGGCAAAUAAUGAAAUCUUGUAGAAGGCGGGUUCCUACUCGGGUGCAAAGCCAGAUUAUGAACUUCUUGGCCACUCAAAAGGCAUUUACUGGUAGUGGAGAGAGUAGCAGACAGGGUGGAGAUGAUGCUAUUGGGAGCACGAGUCAUAGGGAUGGAUCCGCCAGUGGCAACGCGGACGAUGACAUGGAUAGGGCGGAUGACCUAUCUUAGUGAGUUAUAUCCUAAACUCGUGCUUGUAUAUUGUGGACAUCUUUAUAGUUGAGAUUAUGCGUGUAUGGUUUGAUGUGGAUUUAGAACUUAUGACGUGUAUGGUUUGUUGUGAAAAUUGUUGUGGAUUUGGAAGUUAUCGUGUUUGUGUAUGGUUUGAUGUGUAUGGUUUACUGACGAUAUUAUGUACAUAUUUCGAAUUUGGAUGGUU